AUGGUCUACAUACUGGGGGCCAUGGAGUCUCAGGUUGGGGGGGGGCCGGCCGGCCCGGCCCUGCCCAACGGGCCACUCCUUGGGACAAAUGGAGCCACUGACGACAGCAAGACCAACCUCAUCGUCAACUACCUACCCCAGAACAUGACACAGGACGAGUUCAAGAGUCUCUUCGGCAGCAUUGGAGACAUUGAGUCCUGCAAGUUGGUUCGGGAUAAGAUCACAGGGCAGAGCUUGGGCUAUGGGUUUGUGAACUAUUCUGACCCCAAUGAUGCAGAUAAAGCCAUCAACACCCUCAACGGCCUCAAAUUGCAGACAAAGACCAUCAAGGUUUCCUAUGCACGACCCAGUUCUGCCUCUAUCCGGGAUGCUAACCUGUAUGUCAGCGGCCUCCCCAAGACCAUGAGCCAGAAGGAGAUGGAACAACUCUUCUCCCAGUAUGGCCGCAUCAUCACCUCCAGAAUCCUGCUGGACCAGGCCACAGGUGUCUCUCGGGGUGUGGGGUUCAUCCGCUUUGACAAGAGGAUCGAGGCAGAGGAGGCCAUCAAGGGACUGAAUGGACAGAAACCACUGGGCGCCGCUGAGCCAAUCACGGUCAAAUUCGCAAACAACCCAAGUCAGAAGACAGGACAGGCCCUGCUCACCCACCUGUACCAGUCCUCUGCCCGGCGCUACGCCGGGCCCCUCCAUCAUCAGACUCAGCGUUUCCGGCUGGACAAUUUGCUCAACAUGGCCUACGGAGUCAAAAGGUUCUCCCCAAUCGCCAUCGAUGGCAUGAGUGGCCUGGCAGGUGUGGGCUUGUCCGGAGGUGCUGCAGGCGCUGGCUGGUGCAUCUUCGUGUACAACCUGUCCCCGGAAGCCGAUGAGAGCGUGCUAUGGCAGCUUUUCGGACCCUUUGGGGCAGUCACCAAUGUCAAGGUCAUCCGAGAUUUCACCACCAACAAGUGCAAGGGCUUCGGCUUCGUCACCAUGACCAACUACGACGAGGCAGCCAUGGCCAUCGCCAGCCUCAACGGCUAUCGCCUGGGUGAGCGCGUGCUGCAGGUGUCCUUCAAGACCAGCAAGCAGCACAAGGCUUGAGCAUUCACCGC